CUAAUAUUUAAUAAAUAAUAAAUAAUAUCUUGCAGAGGAAACUCGCUCACCAAGAUCUUCGAGACGAGACAGCAGCGUGUCGCAGGUCUAAUUGGCGGACAGCUGAAACAGCAUCGCCCGUGUUCUGUCGCGGGUUGAAACAGCCGGCGAUAUUUACGACGGCGAAGAGGAGAAGCGGAGAAGGGAGAAGAUGGAAGAUAGAAACUAGAAAAUAGACACAGAGGAUGAUGGUGAUGGUGAUGGUGAUGGUGAUGGACAAAGAGAUGUUGUCUGUCUGUCUAUCUCAACUUCCACUUCUCUUUCAACCUCAUCUUCUCUCCCUCUCUUCUGUCUCUCUCUCUCUCCCCCUGGCUGCUGGAGUAAUCAACUAAUAGUCAACUAUUGUAAGUCAGUCCCUGUCUGUAUUUUAUACAACUAUUGUUUCUUCUUCUUCUUCUUCUUCUUCUUCUUCCUCUCCUCCUCCUAGCCCCCCCUCCACUCCCCAACCCGCCUCCAGCCAACCAGCUCGCUCGUCGCCCACUCGCCAGCGGCAACAGGCAUCGACUAUCCCAACUGUCUGCUCUGGCCCGUUCUGCUCCAGUAUCUGCUGGGUGCUUAUUAGCUGCGAGCUUGCUAACUUGUUGGACGGCCUGGUCCAGUCCAGUCCAACAUCGCUCGCGGCCUCGUCCCUCCUCCUACCUACCUACCUACCUCGUUUCGCUCGUUUACUUACUUGCUUGCUUUGGGAAGACUGCGACGGGAGAGGUAGGCGAGGAGACGACAACAAAGACGAAGACGAAGAGAAAAAAAGAAGCAGCAGCAGAAGAAGAACUUCCCUAACUAUCCAUUCGUUUUACUUAUUUUUAAUCCCCGUUUGACCUAUCGUCGAUCAUUCGUUUGGAAGAAAUAAAUACCCAUUGUGGAACGGUUGGCUGGCUAGUUCAAAAACCCUUGAACUGGAAAAUAAAAAAAAUCAGCUGGGCGGAGAUAUAUCUACCUAGUCUCUUUCAUCUGGUUCUUUCAAUCUGCUAUAUCUUUUGUCCUUAUCGUCCUUAUCGUCUUAUUUAUAUCGCUCCCGACUGUCGGUUCGUGCGAACCAGGGCUACUCUACGGAGUACACUCCCCUACAAGACGAAACACCAAUCCUCCCAAUCAAUCAAUCCCUCCCUUCCUCCUCCAACUAACCCCACCCGAUAAUAUCUCGCCGUCGCACCCAGAUAUGUCCACUGCGGUCGCUCCACCCACCGCUGCUCCCCUCCCCCCAAUGGUCGACCACAACCGUGAUCAUAACCGUGACCGUGACCGCGACCGAGAUCGUGAUCGUGAUCGUCCAAGUGCCUUUGGUGGCCGUGACAACGACUCCUUCUCUUCCAGCUCCCAUCCUGUCCUCGCUCCCAUGUCUUCCUCCUCCUCUCAACCUGCUACCACCUCCACCCCUUCGCGGCCAACUACGGAUCGCGCGUCCGGGAAAAUUACUCCCCCUGAUGGAAAACGUUCGCCAAAUACUUCUCGAAGCGGGGGCGCUGGCUCGUCCAAAAUAUCAGUUAAAAAGGAACCUCCAACCUCUCCCAGCCUUCACUCCAGCUCCCGUCAUCGCCCUCGCAAACUCGACCUCUCUGCCAGCACCCUCUCCGCACAAUCUGGCUCGUCCACAUCCCGCGGCCCCUUGACCGCAAGAGAAGGUGGCCUGACUGCUAUGCAUGAUGUUGGUUUGGCCUGUCUAUCUCCGGGCUUCCAAACCCAAGACCCUGCCAUCCGCGAGCAGCUCCAACGCAGCAUUUCCGUCAGAGACCAGCAGAGAUCCAUAAUCGAAUCCCGGCUGCAGAAAACCGCUAAGGGGGACGGUCCGGAUGGCAUCAAACCCUCAGAAUCAAAUCUGUUCGGCUCUCUCAAAACCCCUUCCUCCAAGAAACGACCUCCACCGGGCUUAUCAAUCGUCCCCCCUUCCGCCUCACAAUUCGCGAAUGAACGAGUCAUCCAGUCCGCCCCGCUACACCAGACCUUCACCGGCCGUCAUCACCCCCACCCCAUCAGCCGCCAUCUCAUGAACCACCCUUCGGACCUUCAUAUGAACUCCCCCAUCCACCAUGCUACUCCCGCGAACCAGACAAACAACCGCCUCCCGCCGAUCGCUGACGUCUUUGGCUCCGAUGCUCUCGUCCCCCGCAACCAAGACCGCGAUCACCGUGACUGGGACCGCGAUGACAGGAAUAACAACUCCCACAGCCGCAACAGCAACACCAACAACAAUAACAACGGCGGUUUCUACCAAUCCACCGCUUCUUCAUUUAAUAAUAACUCCACCAGUAAUUCUAAUGCCAACAGCAACAAUAAUAGUAACAAUCUAGGACCCCUCCCCUCCCCUUCCCUCGCCUUAAACAACCCAACAUCCUCCUCCACAUCUUCCACCACCACCACAAAACGCGCGCGCGAAUACCGCUCCGCGGAAGAAGCCGUGCACGAACUCGCCGGCGGCCGUGAAGAGCUCCUCCCGCGCAUCAUCCACUACAACGGCAGCACCAACUCAACCACCACCAAUAAUACUAACCAACGCCACCACCCCACCUCACCCCCUCCUCCCGGUGCUAGUAUAAACGGCACGCAGCACACCUCCAACUCACUCCAUUACCACCAUCACCACCACCACAAUCAGCAACAACAGCCGCAGCAGCAACAACAACCCUACCCACCCUCAACCUCCGGCCGCCGCCGCACGCGCAACGAAUACGAGCGCGAUAAUGGCAGCCCGCCCUUGGGCACCGGGCCCCCGGAUGUGAGAUUCCGCGGCGCCCCUGCGACCGCCGCAUCUACGACAUCCCAUGGGCCAACUGCAGCGCAUGGCGGGAGUCCUGGCGGCGGUCAUCACCAUCACUCGCAUGGCGCUGGUGCUGCUGGUGGUGCAAGCUAUUCCACUGGAACGAGCGGUGCAUUUGGAUUUGGAGGAGGGGCGUUUGGAGCCGUGAGGGAUUCGCCAGAGACGCAACGGAGGAAGAAAGAGGAGUUUUUGGGCUUGUGUGCGCGGGCGUGGGAUUUGUUCCAUUCGUAAGGGGUGUGAGAUGUGGGUUGUGACUGGAUGGAAUGGAGUUUGAGGGCGGAGAAAUGUGGAAGGGGGGGGGGGGGGGGGGGGGGGGUGGUUUGUUUGCGGGGUCGUAGGGUUUAGGGGUUUUUUUUUUCUCGUCCAUUUCCCUUUAUUUCUUCUGAUUUCCUUGCCAUUUCAUUGAUUGAUUUGAUCUAUAUCACUUUCCGUUACGGUUUCGGUUUCGGUUCUCGGUUUUGGUGUUCGCGCGGUUAACGGUUUCUCUCCCUUUUGCUCCUACUGGAGGGAUUGUGGUGGCCGAUCCGAUCUCUACUACGCUAUGCGCGUGCCUGAGAAUUGGUACCGGUACAAAUGAUAUGUGGAUCGGAUUUGAUUGCAGGGCUUGCCUGGUCGACGUUCCCAUAUACAUACAAAUAUUUUUCCCCGGUUUUUUCUUUUGAUAAAUGCUGUUGAUGUUGAUGGUCAUGUCUUGUCUUGCUCUACCUUUUCUUCUUUCGUUUUCUCUUCCUCUUUUUUUUUUCUUUUCUACUUUUUCGCUCUACCCAUUUUGUCUCGUUUUAUCUAUCUUCGUUUCUCCUGCCCCCUUAUUUUUAUACAUAUCCCCAGCUCAAAAAACGCUUCUUACCUUGAUUUGCUUCUUAUUUCCCGUUAACACUUUUACAUUCACAUCCAUCUUUUUGAACUCAACUUUGUUUUUUUCUUGACAUUUCACUUUUUUGCCGUUUCCCCCUCCUUUUUUCUCAUUCUUCUAAUUUUAAAUUUCUUUGCAGCUUUUCCCUCUUUUUUCGCUUCUACAGGCUUUUUUCCAUUUAUUUUCUCGCCUAGUAUUUCACAACGGGUGUCUGGUGCAUGCUACUUCUGAUUCGGAAUUUUUCUUCUCUUUUUCUUUUCAUUUCUUCUUGGAAAAGUUUCAUUCUCUCUGAGUGAUUACUUUUUUCCUCUUUUCUUUUCUUUUCUUUUUUUUUUUUUUAAUUAUCAAACUUCUAUAUUUUUUUCUCUUCUAUAUCUAUCUAUCUACCUUUCACAUUUUCUUUUUCAACAUUUGAAUAUCAGAUUCAGUUUUGCCUUCUUUCAGAUGAAGUAACACUCUUAUUUCCUUUUUCUUUCCAUAGUCAUCAUAUUGAUCUAGGCAAAACUUAAUUAUUUCAGUUUUUGAAUAGUUGAGUGGUGUUUUUCAUUCACACACCAUUCUGUUAAAAAUUAAUAUCUAAUGAGAAGAAUAUGCUAUAUACAUGCACAGCACUGUUAAUUGAGUAAAUCAAUUACUACCUAAUCAGCUAUAUAUCUACAAGUAUUAUCAAUCAUUUCUUCAACUCUAGCCACCUAGCUGAGAUGUAGGUAUAUCUUGGUUGAAUGCAAUCUAAAUAAAAUAUACUCAUUUAUAAAACUGAUCAGCCUGCAUAUGUGAUGAGAGAAAGAAAGCUAUAU